UGAGUCCAGUGCCCAAUGAGUGUAGUAGCCCAGGGCCUGAACCAGGGCUGGGCGGCAUCUGCUCCUCUCUGGGUGGAAUCAUAUAUUUCUUUCCCCAGGGCCUAUGAUCCUGCAGAUUAUGAGCAUUUGCCAGUUUCUGCUGAGGUUAAAGAACUCUUCCAAUAUAUAAGUAGGUAUACACCUCAGUUGAUUGACCUGGACCACAAACUGAAACCUUUCAUUCCUGAUUUUAUCCCAGCUGUUGGGGAUAUUGAUGCAUUCUUAAAGGUCCCACGUCCUGAUGGGAAGCCUGACAACCUUGGUCUCUUGGUAUUAGAUGAGCCUUCUACAAAGCAGUCAGACCCUACAGUACUCUCACUCUGGUUAACAGAGAAUUCCAAACAGCACAACAUCACACAACACAUGAAAGUAAAGAGCCUGGAAGAUGCAGAAAAGAAUCCCAAAGCCAUUGACACAUGGAUUGAGAGCAUCUCUGAGUUGCAUCGUUCUAAACCCCCUGCAACUGUACACUAUACCAGACCCAUGCCUGAUAUUGACACGCUGAUGCAGGAAUGGUCCCCAGAGUUUGAGGAGCUUUUGGGCAAGGUGAGCCUGCCCACGGCCGAGAUCGACUGUAGCCUGGCGGCGUACAUCGACAUGAUCUGCGCCAUCCUAGACAUUCCUAUCUACAAGAGUCGGAUCCAGUCUCUCCACCUGCUCUUUUCCCUCUACUCCGAAUUCAAGAACUCGCAGCAUUUUAAAGCUCUAGCUGAAGGCAAGAAAGCAUUCACCCCUCCAUCCAAGCCCACCUCCCAAGCUGGAGACGCAGAGACAAUAACCUUCAGCUGAGGCACCUCCCUCGCACUUUGUCUCAAGGCCGAGCCGCUCCUCCAGCCCAGCGGAGGGGACGCUGUCGUCGGGCACCUGGCUCCUGGCCUGUGUCAUCUGGACUCGGCAGUGUAUGCCCUGCCACCCUUCCUGCCAGGAAGCCCUGCACACUCGCUUCCUUCCUAUGGGAGCUUGUACCUCUACCACUCGGGGGAUUUGAUCAGACAGACUGGAAUUUCUGGAACCCUAGGAUGCUCAGGUUAGAAGAAAGUUAAAAGAUGUUCUUACAGCAAUGGAAUGAUUUUCUUUCAUUCUUAAGUGAGUUGGCAAAGAUUUUACAAAUAAAAUGCUUUUAUCUUUCAGGUUA